AUGUCAUCAAAAUACUUAGGAGUAGAUGUAACAAGCCACCGCGAUAUUUACCAAGAGACGAUAUACCAAGUAAGAAAAGCAGCAGCCACAACAGGUGCGUUAAGGGACAUAGUGUGGAGAAACAAACAUAUAGGAAUAGAAACGAAAACAAGAAUCUACAAAACAUGUAUAACACCAAUACUGACGUAUGCCAUAGAAACCAGAGUCGAUACAAAGAAAACAAAACAAACUCUAAGAACAACUGAGAUGAAAACAUUAGGAUGCUUAAUAGGGAAGACUAGACGAGACCAUGUAAGAAACGAAGAUAUCCGGCAACAAUGUAAUAUUCAGGAUAUAGUAAGACAACACGUAACGGGAAAGGAGAAGUACAGACUAGCAAAGAUCAUAAGAGAUGGAAAACCCGAAGGGAAAAGAUCAAGUGGAAGACCACAAAUAAGAUGGCAAGAUAGCUGGUCAUCAGAAUCACAAAUAAGAUUAAACAUCACCCAGUAA